UCUUCUCUGUGAUAGUUUUUCCACACAUUUAUCACCGCACAAUUCAAGCUAUUUGAAAUGUCACCAACGUCUGUUAUCAAACACACCCAUGACUUUGUUCUGCCAUGUCCAGGCUUGCGUUCACUCAUUAAAGGGCCUUUUGAGUCCUGAUCUUGGUUGUGCAUUCAAAUUUAUUCUGUUUGAAAGGAUUACACAGAGAAGUAAAAGUAAAAACAACAACAACAGCAACACACAGCAACAAGGAUUUUCACUCCCUGCUCACCACUAAGCCUGGCCGGGUGACUCCUCCCUUCUAGCUGUGGGAGUCUCCAGGUGGACCUGCAGGUUGGUCAGUUGAGCAUUACACACACAUACACACACACACAUGCCUGGUGUUGAAUGAGCAGCCGCCUGUGAUCGUGGAAACUGUUGACCGGUUGCCGAGGAAGAGCCUCUCUGCAGAUUUUUGACGUUUCUGGAGCUCCUAAAGGGGACGAAACACGCUUGGACUUCUUUUUUUGGGGGGGGGGAUUCUGACUGGAUUUACAAAAAUGGAUGAGUCAUGAUUUUUGCUUUUACACUGAGGCCCAUGGCUGUGUAGCUUCUCUCCAGGGAAAAAAAAGAAAGAAAAACACAUUUGGACCCCAAGCAACAUACAAAAUAACCGUGCCAACAAAAUGCAGAAGCAAGUGGAGGUCAGGAUACAUGAAAGCCAUCUGGAGCCCAUUGUGGACGCUCCCGAGCAGCCGUGCUGGGGAGUGUGUGAUAAAAUCAUGAAGAAUAUGGUUCUGACUCUCACCAUCCUUGGUGUGUUUCUCGGUUCCGUUUCCGGGAUGCUGCUGCGGCAUUAUUCGCCUCUCCCUGCUGAUGUGAUUAUGGUCAUCGGCUUCCCGGGAGAGAUCCUGAUGAGGAUGCUGAAGAUGCUUAUUUUGCCUCUCAUUGUCUCCAGUCUGGUCACAGGACUGGCUGGUUUGGAUGCCAAAUCCAGUGGCCGCCUGGGCACGCGGGCCAUGGUGUACUACAUGUCGACGACGGUGAUCGCCGCCGUGCUGGGAGUGGUCCUGGUGCUGCUCAUCCACCCGGGGAACCCCAAGCUCAGGGCCAAUCUGGGCCAGGGCAAGAAGAACGACGAAGUCUCCAGUCUGGACGCUUUCUUCGACCUGAUCCGAAACCUGUUCCCGGAGAACCUGGUGCAGGCCUGUUUCCAGCAGAUCCAGACGGUAACCACCAAAGUCCCGGUGCCCACUAACAGGACAAAAGCGCCUCCCCAGUUCACCAUCAAGAGGUCUCUGCAGUUCAAGAGUGGAAUGAACGUCCUUGGUUUGAUUGGGUUUUUUGUUGCUUUCGGUAUUAUUAUGGGCAAAAUGGGAGAGAAGGCCAGGCUGAUGUUGGAGUUUUUCAAUAUCCUGAAUGACAUUGUUAUGAAGCUGGUCGGCGCAAUUAUGUGGUACUCCCCUCUUGGUAUUGCUUGCCUCAUCUGCGGAAAGAUCAUCUCCAUCAACGACCUGGAGGUGGUUGCACGGCAGCUGGGCUUGUACAUGGUCACCGUGGUCGUGGGCCUGAUCAUCCAUGGUGGCAUCUUUCUGCCGCUGAUAUAUUUUGUCAUAGUCAAACAGAACCCCUUCACGUUCUUCAUGGGGAUCUUCCAGGCGUGGGUCACCGCUCUUGGAACGGCAUCCAGCGCCGGCACCUUGCCUGUCACAUUCCGAUGCUUAGAGGAUAAUUUGGGCAUCGACAAGAGAGUAACACGCUUCGUACUCCCGGUGGGUGCCACCAUCAACAUGGACGGCACGGCGCUGUACGAGGCCGUGGCGGCCAUCUUCAUCGCUCAGAUGAACGGCAUCGAACUUGACUGGGGUCAGAUUGUCACCGUCAGUAUGACGGCCACGCUGGCCAGUGUGGGAGCAGCCAGUAUCCCCAGCGCUGGCCUGGUGACCAUGCUGCUGAUCCUCACGGCCGUGGGACUCCCCACCCAGGACAUCAGUCUCUUAGUGGCUGUCGACUGGCUGCUGGAUCGGUUUCGCACCUCGGUCAACGUGGUCGGCGACUCCUACGGCGCGGGAAUCGUCUACCACCUGUCCAAAGACGAGCUGGACACCCUGGACGCCCAGCACGGGCUGGGGGGCCGGGUCGAGGAGUUUGAAAUGGCAAAGACACAGUCCUACUAUGAAAAUAACACCAACCAGAAUGUUUAUGCGAGUCACCACAACUCAAUCUACAUAGACGACUGCAAGGACACCAUGGGCAAAAAUGGCAAGACGGGAGAGUUCUCUCUUGUUGAGGAGGAACCAUGGAAACGCGAGUAA